GUCCCCGGUUGCACGUGUAGUUGUUGUGGUUCAACCUCACGUGGCUGCGGAUGUGCCCGCGCUACAGGUCCGCCUUCAAGAUGGCGGCGCUCACUGAAUGGGGUUGCGACCUGCUGAACCUCGACUGAUAGCCUGGACUGAUAGCCGUGGAGGUGUCUGCGGGGCCAUGGACCGGCCGGGGUUCACGGCUUCGCUGGUGGCUGGUGGGGUAGCAGGUGUCGCUGUUGACUUGAUAUUAUUUCCUCUGGAUACCAUUAAAACCAGGCUUCAGAGUCCACAAGGAUUUAAUAAGGCUGGUGGUUUUCAUGGAAUCUAUGCUGGUGUUCCUUCUGCUGCUAUUGGAUCCUUUCCUAAUGCUGCUGCUUUUUUUAUCACCUAUGAAUAUGUGAAAUGGUUUUUGCACACCGAUUCGUCUUCAUAUUUAAUGCCUGUGAAGCAUAUGUUGGCCGCCUCUGCUGGAGAAGUGGUUGCCUGCCUGAUACGAGUUCCUUCUGAAGUUGUUAAGCAGAGGGCACAGGUAUCUGCUUCUUCAAGAACGUUUCACAUUUUCUCUAACAUCUUAUAUACAGAGGGCGUCCAAGGAUUAUAUCGAGGCUACAAAAGCACAGUUUUAAGAGAGAUUCCUUUCUCAUUGGUCCAGUUUCCCUUGUGGGAGUCCUUAAAAGUGGAUUUGCAGCUGCGGUCACCACGCCUCUGGAUGUGGCAAAAACAAGAAUCAUGUUGGCCAAGGCUGGUUCCAGCACCGCUAGUGGGAACGUACUGUCUGCGCUGCACGGGGUCUGGCGGACACAUGGGCUGUCAGGAUUAUUUGCAGGUGUCUUCCCUCGAAUGGCAGCCAUCAGCCUGGGAGGUUUCAUCUUUCUUGGUGCUUACGAGCAAACCCGCAGCUUGCUGUGGGAAGCCGGCAGAGAGAGGCCCUGAAGCAGGGACGAUGCCCCCUGCUCGGCUCUCAAGAAAAAGGACGCCACGGGAGCAGCCGUGUGGUCCUCCGCCCCAGGCUCCAGUGUGUGAAGACGGGGACCUUGGGGACCUUGAGAACGUGUCUUCCCCACUGUCGUCUGGCUGGCACGCUCACACGGAACCCUGGCCACAGCGGUACUCUCAACCCUGUCCUCCGCCCCCCGAAUAAAGCCACGUGCCGAUGCUCA